CAUCGGCAUUCAGCGCGGAGGCGAGCAGCUGUCAAAUAAAUAUUUAUCAAGAUUUUUUAAACUGAACGCUCAACAAUGAGAUACUGAAGUCGUCAACACUCAGGUUUGUAUGGCCGCAGAGGAGAGCGAGAGUUCUGGGAUCUCCAGGCAGAACUCUGAGGCCUCGAGAUCCUGGGAUCUGGACAGCCGAACACUGCGCUUCGUGAACCGGCUAGAGCAGCAGUUUAUCUGCCCGUCCUGUGGGGGCAUCGUCCUCAACCCACACCAAACGGGCUGCGGGCACAUCUUCUGUGCUCAGUGCGUGAAAGCAUACAGUGAAAAUGGGGGAAGUUCGAAAUGCCCAUUAGACAGCAUUCCUAUAAAACCCGAGGAGAUUUUCCAAGACAACUGCUGUAAAAGGGAACUGCUGAACUUGGAGGUUUUCUGCACCAACACACCAGAAUGCACGCAGAGGUUUUCUUUAUGUAACCUGCAGGAUCAUCUAAAGGCUUGUCAGCAUCAGCGAGUUCGCUGUUCACACUCCGGCUGCAGUGACAUUGUGUUACGCAAAAACCUGCUGGAGCAUCAGAGGAACGUCUGCUCCUACCGGCUGGAAACCUGCCAUUACUGCAAGCAGAACUUCCCUGUGUCUCUGAUGAUGGGCCAUCAGAAGUCUUCAUGCCCGGAAGUGGAAGUUCCAUGCUCCAACAUGUGCACGCAGAUGAUUAAAAGACAUAAGCUGCCAGCACAUGCGGAUGAGUGUCUCGAAGUGGAAACCGACUGCGUUUAUAAAAACUACGGCUGCACAGUCAGGGAUAAAAGAGGAAAAGUGCAAGUGCAUGAAAACACAGAGUUCGGUGCACAUGUCCGACUUGUCCUUGAAAGUAACACCAAACUGGAGAAACAGAUGGAGCAGCUGCAGCAGGAUAUGCUGGUCCAGCAGGGGGUGCUGAAGGACAAGAGUCUGGUGGUCAGCAGUCUGGACCGGGACGUCUCCCUCUGUGACAACACACUUACUACAUUACAGAGGUCUGUGGAGGAGCAGAGGGUGCGGAUCUGCAGUGUUCAGCGUGAACUCCGGGAUCUGAGGGGAGUUUUGGGCUCCGAGCUGAAAGAAGAGCUGCCCAGACUUCAGGCCUCGCUGGACUCCCUCCGUCAGCAGGUGGCCGUCACCGAAAGCCUCCGAGAACACCUGGGUGCAUUAGAGCAAACCUGCGAGCGUCACACUCGUCUGCUGGACAUCCACGUGGAGCAGUUGCAGUGUAACGAGCAGCGUUUGCGGCAGCUGGAGUCCUCCUCUUACGACGGGAAACUGAUCUGGAAAGUUCGAGACUACUGGCACCGUAAAGAAUCCGGGACGGUCCUCAACUCCAGUCCCUUUUACACCAGUCGCAGCGGCUACAAGCUUAGCGUCAAGGCGUAUCUGGGCGGAGACGGCUCGGGACGGGGAUCCCACAUGUCGCUGUACAUCACGAUAAUGCGUGGAGAUUUUGAUUCGCUCUUACCUUGGCCUUUCCGACAAAACAUCACAUUAACGCUGCUGGAUCAGAGCGGCACCAGAAACCACAUGAGCCGUACGUUCAUCCCUGAUGUCAACAGCGAUAGUUUUCACCGGCCGACAUCUGAUGCUAAUGUAGCCACGGGAUUCACACGAUUCAUUUCUCACAGCGAUCUGGAGAAUCCUCGCAAUGCUGUGUAUGUCCGAGACGAAACGCUGUUCAUUAAAGUAAAGGUGGACACAAGUGGGUUAGAGGAGUUGUAGAUUUACAAUAAGAGUGUCCAGACCUGCUCUUCAGGCCUUCAUACUUGGUAUACAACAAAAAUUGCUUUUCUUAAGUUGAUUUUUGUCUUGUUUCUACUCUUAAUGUCUGUUCAAAUCAAGAAGCAUUUUUUCAGAUGAGUAAAACAUAUUGGUAACACUUUAGAGUAGGUCACAGUUCAUGGUAUUAACUAUCACGACUAGCUUAAUUAACUACUAAUCAGCUGUUUAUUAAUAGUUAGUUAGGUAGAAGUUUAGGGUAGUGAUGGGUCGUUUUUGAACGAUUCGUUUAUUUUGAAUGAAUCUUUUAUGUGACUCAUUAAUGAGGAGUGCCAUUGACGAGUUUUACAGCAGUCUGCAUUUUAGGUGUAUUACGGAAGGGGAAUAUAUAAAUAAUAUACAAUCAAUAUAUAUUUUUUUAAUCGCUAAAUUUUCUAUAAAUUUCUGGGAAUUACAUCACAAAAUUAGUCAUUUUUGUGGCAAAAAUCACCAAAAAAAUCGUGAAAUAAUUGGCAGGUGAUAAGCCAGUAGAUAAUGGCAUGAAUUGUGAAUUUAAACGAAAGUGUUACUAUCAAUUGUUAUGGGAAGCAGACGGACAAGGAAGGUGAGUGAAUUAUUAACAAUGUUUAUUUGCAACACAUGAGCACAUAAGGAGAACGGAGGAGAAGUGAGUGGAGUCCGGUUGUGCGGAUGAUCCUUGGUGGCAGGCUGGAUGACUGAUACUGAGGGAGACCGAAUGCACACACCAGAGGGCUUGCGGGGAAGACAGACUGAUGACAAACACAAGGCAGACAGGACACCGGGAACACUGGACAAACUAGGAGAGACAGAGAGCAGAUAAGUACAAUAUACUGAGAUCGAAUGUUAGUGAUUACCAGGAGGUGUUCACUCAGAGUCCGCUUCGUAGGAACGAAACCGGACACUGAGUGAAGUGAGGUGUGUGCUUAUAUAGUGACUAUAAGUGAUUGGGUGCAGCUGUGUGUGGUUAAUACUCAGGUGAUGGUGAUCUUUGCGUGAUGCUGGUGGAAGAGCCUGGCCAAUCCGUGACAUCAAUGUAGUAAGGAAAAUAAUCUUGUUUUUCCUUUUGACAUAAGAUUAUUCUGCUCACACCAUUGGCUGAUUAUUUAGCUUGUUUUAAUGAAAAACUCUCUUAAUUUAGACUCAUUAUUUCUGAAAAUACGACAAUAUUUUUUGCUUGUCUAGUAAAUGCUUCUUGAUUUAAUUUUUUUUUUACAUAUUUGGAUGAAAAACAAUUAAGAAAAGCAAGAAAAGUCCAGGGGGGGACUGGUCAUAGGGUCAAUGGCCCUAUGAUUGGAACACACUCCCUCCCCCUUACAGAUCGCACAACCCAACACCCCGCCCCCACAUUGGUCCCACAUUCAUUUCAAAGGAGCGCCACCCUGUACCAAGAUGGCAGCUCUAUUGAUGCAUUCCUUACAAUAGACAACAAUAGCAUAAGCAUCAUCUAGUGCUGGGGUCACCAAUCUCAGUCCAGGAGGGCCGGUGUUCCUGCAGGGUUUAGCUCCAACUUGCCUCAACACACCUGCCUAGGUGUUUCAAGUAUACCUAAGACCUUGAUUAGCUUGUUCAGGUGUGCUUGAUUAGCGUUGGAACUAAAAUCUGCAGGACACCGGCCCUUCAGGAACAAGUUUGGUGACCCCUGAUCUAGUGUAUAUAUCUUUGAUUUAAAAUGAGCUAAAACAACAUCGUUCUUGAGGUUUUAUUGGGGACAACUUGAUUGUUUUAUAUUCAAUCCACUUAAAUUUGUGAAAAACUAAAAGGUUAACCUAAUUCCUUCAUGCUGUCCCAACACAAACCGACUGUGAGAAACCCAGCAUUUUUUACAGUGCACUAGUUCAUGGGUGCUGCAUGGGAGCUGCUGUUUAAAGGUCCCAUGAAAUUGAAAUGAAGUUUUUUAGAUGUUAUUAUCAGUAUUGUUUGUUUUGAAGAUAUCUAUAAGCGAGUGCGCUCCAAAACACUGACAAAAUGUACGUUUAGAAGCUGAUAUAAACAUUUAAAGCAGGGGUGCCACAUGGAGUAAAAUCUGUUCACAAGUGGG